UGAAUAAUAAUUACAAUAAUGUCUCUUGUGUUGAGACCCAAUACAGCAGCUGCGAGAUGUCCCGAAAUGCAACAGCCGAUGACAGUGGCUACGUGUCACCGGCUCAGGACGCGAGCUUCCUUUCCGUGAUCAGGUCUGGGGGCAAGCACUCUAAACUCAAGAGAUGCAGGAAAGCCAAUUCGCCAACAAAGAGCAGCCCUCUCAUCACAUCUUCUCCAGCUGCAGAAACAAGGCCACUCCUCCCUGACUGGCGGGCUGACCAAAGGCCAGAAGAGACCAUCACAGAGAUUCCAGAAUCUUCCAUAAGCGACGAGGAUGGCUCAGAUGAAGAAGACUUCAGAAAUGUGUUACUAAAACCAAACUUGACUCGGUUAAAACAACAUCAGAUAAGGGACUUACAACAACAGCUGGGAUCUUCAGAGAGUACAGGCUCCCACCUGAUACCUAAUAAAUAUGGAAAUUGCAGGACAGGUGCCUUGGGUGCAGCAGUGUCCUACAAAGACAGUCUACUGCAGCUGCACACCCAAACACAGGGGAGGAAUCGCAUGCUGCAAGACAUCACGGAAUCGGUGUAUGGAAAUCAAAGCGUGGCAAGCAGCGGCCAGACAAAACACUCGGCUCCAUCCUCUGCAAUGCAAAACACACCGUUGGGACCGCAGAUAUGCGAUGACUUCAGCGACUCCGAUGAUUUUGAGCAGUCGAUGACGCCGAGAAGAUUUGGGAGUAAAAAUCCGAACGACCGCCAGGCAAACGGAGAGGGUGGCCAGCAGCAGCUACCUGGAGCAGAACGUGAUGACGAGGGCGCGCCGCGGCCAGAGGGAUCGCGAGUCGGAGGAAUUGUAAAAUCGAACAGGCCCAAUUUGCAGAGCGACAGCAAUUCCACUCGGCGGGAAUCUGCAGAGCCAAGCCGGAGGAGCGAGGAGACGAUGCCCCCAGCUUUUCGUGAAAAUGUGGAAAAUGAUCAAUUUUGGCGAAAGGGUGAUCGCGACGUUUGCUUCGAUUUGGUGGUGGUGGAGGACGAGGAGGAGGAGGAGGAAUGCACUCAAAUAAAUUCCAAGGCGUGCGGCAAUCGGUGCACGAGAAAAUACGACACACUGACACAAAGCACCCAGACUUCACCGGACAUCAAGAGCUCCAUUGUCGGACGCCUAAAGCGACGCGGGCAGCCUGCGCGUGCCCUGCGCGGCGCGGCCACGGGCUCGACUCGGAGAACGAAGGGGGACAGUGCCGAGCGUUUACCCUUCUCUCCAAUCUUGUACGCCGCCUCGUCGGACUUUUCAUCGCAAGGCGACGGCUGCAGCCUCACGCCAAUGCCCCGCGCGUUCUGCGGAGUGGCGCAAAAGACUUUUCCCUUCAUUCUCCCGAGCGACCUGGAGCGGCUCCCGACGAGGGGAAACUUGUUUCGCGCGAUGACAAACGAGGCCACGCGGCCCCACGUGGCGACCCGCGCAGCGGCCGUAAAUUACCGCGGCAGCUCGAGAAUGAUGCGCGCUCUCGACGCGGCGAACGAACGUGGCGGCGACGAACGCCCGCGGGCCGCCGUUUCGACUGGGCAGAAGCUGGCGGCGCGACCACCGAUGGGAAGCGUUCGCGGCCCCCGUGGCAGGCGGGUCUCGCAAAACUGUUCGGACGCCGCUGAAUUUGUGUCCUCGGCGGCGACGCGGCAAACGACGAUCGCGAACGUCGACGGACGGCCGCACCCGCACACGUCGUGCCGUCGUUCCGGGGCAAAAUCGGCUUGCGGUGAGGCCGCGAACGAGCAGGGAGACGCGACCCUGCCGUCGAUGGCGCAGCGCGAGCGCGACUCGGCCGACGCGGGCGCUGCGUUGCUCCCUGGCAGCGCUCGAUCCGCGCAGCUUCCAGGCGGAGCGGCGGUGGACGAGGAUGGCGUCGCGAGUGCGCCGCACGCGACGGAAUCGCAGGUGCUCAACCAACAGCAGCUGUCCACGUCGACUUACAGCAGACCUGUUCGGCGUGACAAUGGGACAACAAGUUCGACCGAAAGCCUCGGUGGCACGGUCGCGCCGCAGAAUCGUGGGCCCUCCGUGUCAGAUCCGAGUGUCUGUAAAGGCGAUGUUCCAUCGAGUCCGACACGCGCGUCUUUGAGCGCGCACAGCAGCCGUGCAUGGACAAACGACCGCUGGGACCAUUCGUACAACAUCAGGGACAUUGAGGGUGAAACUUGCGUCAAUUCGAACCACGGCCAGAUGAACACCGCUUCCUUCUAUGGGCAAAAACAACAACUGAGGUCGCGUGAACUGUCGGGCAGACUCUCAAAGAACCUGCAGAAUCGAACAGACGACAGCGCAAAUAAAACACCACCAGCUCAGCAGCCGACAGGGGAUCAAGUUGUUUCCCGGCUCAGGGCAAUGAUAGAAAAGGCCGAAAAUAGACAAAAACAGAUAAGCGCCAUGAGCAGGACAACUCGGGUUCUAGAGUUCCCACCAGGUCAGCAGAACGGUGGGCGGCAUAAGAGAGGACCUGUGACCCCGCGGACCUGGGACGUACGCGCGAGCCCUGCCAACGCACACGAAGGCCGCGGUAACGCGCCGAAGGAGGGCGCGCUGCUGUGGACAAGUUGCGGCGAUGACGGUGCCCCACCGGCGACGGAGCGGGUGCCGGCUGAAGAAGCGGUGGAAGAGGAGUCUGAUCGCUUGGAGCGCAGCGAAGCCAGCGUCUCGCCGAAUGGAGACCGCGCACAAAUUAGCCGCCGCGCAAGCACCGGCGUCGACGGUUCGGGCUCCGAGGUCGCAAACAUGAAGGCACGGGGAGGAAUGUCGAGCAGACAAAAUGUUCUGGCGAGCGGACAAAAUGUUCUGGCGAGCGGAGGAACCACGAGGAGGGCCCGGAUUGGUGGCAAGGUGGUGCGCAGGGCUCCGAGCAGGCAGGAGGUGGAGCGCAGGCUCCUCCAGAGCGGCAUCAGCGUGAAGAGAAUGGCGAACGCCGGGAAGGAACUUUCCACGUCCACGCAGAGGAGGAAGCGGGACGCGGCCACCUCUGUCGCCGCGAACCGUGAGGGGGCAUCCGGAGCCACGCGGGUGGCAUCUGGAACGGUUGAAGGGAACGAUACGUUUACGAGCAAAAUCCCAGGCACGAGUUUCGCGGUGGACGCCUUCUCGUGCGGGGCCGUCGCGAGCUGCAGCGCCCACUUCCUGAGCCACUUCCACCCGCACGCCUACCGCGGGCUCUCGCGCUCCUUCGACCGACCCAUCUACUGCAGCAAGGUAACGGCCGACCUGGCGAGCUGCAAGCUGGGCGUGCAGGAUGCUCAUCUGCACCGACUGCCCCUGAACACCGUGUCCGUGGUGAACGGCGUGCGAGUCGUCCUGCUCGACGCCAACCAUUGUGCCGGAGCGUCUAUGUUCCUGUUCAUGGUGCCCGACGGCAGGACAAUCCUCUACACCGGACACUUCCGUGCGAGCGCUGCCAUGGAGAGGAACCUGCAACUCGCCGCUCGCCGCGUCGAUGUUUGCUACAUGGACACCACGUGCUUGCACCUGGAGAAGGAGCCGCCGGCACGAGAGGACGUCCUGCGCUUUGCGACGCGUCUGGCCUCCAGCGCGGUGGCCCGGAACCCGCGCACGAUGCUCGCCUGCGGCUACCGCGCGCCGGGCGACGAGAAGCUCUGUCUGGCGUUGGCCGAGGCCGUGGGCUGCCGAGCGGCCAUGGCGAUGGAAAACUACGACACGUUGCAGCUGCUGGGCACGGGGCGAGCGCGGGAUCUCGUCACCCUGGACUGGCACGCCACGCGCCUCCACGCGCUCUCCAUCACUAAGCUCAGCUUCAAGGGGCUGAGCGCCCACUUGCGGAGAUUCUCUGCCCAGUACGACUACCUCCUCGCCUUCAAACCCGUGGCGCAGUGGGACUUCACAGGACACUCUCGCCUCUCCGACAUCCAGCCGCACAUCUCACAGAACGUCAUCAUCUACGGCGUGCCCUUCGUGGACCACAGCAGCCGCUCGGAGCUCAAGAGGUUCGUCCAAUGGCUGAGGCCACGGAGCCUGGUCCCCGUGGCACCGGCUACGACCCGCAGGAGCGCGGCCGCCUCGGAGGGCAUCCUGCGAAAGUGGCUCUCCGACAUCGGAACGUUUCCCGUUCGCCCGACAUCGAACCCCUGAGAGGAGACGGCGGUCUGCGAGACAAGGCGCUCUCUCGCUUUGUUUUGUGCUUGUUUCUGCAUCUUUCCGGCUUUCGAUUUGAAUUGUUUUGUUUGAGAUGGUCACACUCACACGCACUGGCCGAAUUACUUUUGUGGUGCUUAACGACGACAAAAAACUUGGGUAAGAGUGGGCCCCAGUAGCGGGCAUCAGUUGUGAAUGAUGUAAUUGCACGUUCAGUUUAAUAAGGAAUCAAAAUGUCAAAUUAGGUUUUCACGCCACUUCACACUUGCCGUAGAGAAAAACGUCAAUCUCACGUCUAUUUAGUUGACAAAAAUGCUCGCUGCAAAUAAAAUGUUUAACAAAUCACCUGUUGACAUCAGCUUUCGAGACAACUAUAAUGAUGAUUUAUAAAUUAAUAAAGUGUCCAAACACAAAGCCAUCUCCAGCUUUCGGUACCAAGACACUACAUAAUAAAACAGAGUAAAGGGCAAACUAAUUAAAUUAAAUGCAAAUAAGAAAAUCAAAACAGGGGAAUGAGUAAAUUGAGCCAGUGGCAUGACAGGCCGUGGCCAGGCUGACACAACCACCGCAAUGGUAAUUGCAUUGAAUUAUGAAAUGGUAGAUUAAUGCAGCAAGGGGUCAUGGUUUGUAUGCAGGAUGGAGGCGAGUCAACUGGGAAAGAUCAUUAUUUGGGCACUAGUCGACGAGAGGAAGAGGGUCCCCUACGUCUGGACCUACACCGAGGGUGAGAGAAUGAGCGGUGAGAACAGCCAAGGGGAGAGAAUUCCAGACGGCAGUGACACAAAACGAGAAGUGGCCUCUCAAGUUUGGGGAGUUGAUUUUGUGUUUCACGAAGACGACAAGGCUACUCACAGCAUCGAUAUUUUUUUCGCGUGGGAUCGAUACGAUUAAAUAGCAGCGAGCAAUGGCAGGAUGCGGUUCUUUUGAAAAAAGGGAGUCUGAUCACGGAAUUGCAACGUAACAAUGUGCCUAAAUAAGAACGCACUUGACAUGUAUCAAUAACAUUUUGACAAAAGGAAACGUCUGGAGCUCACAAAGGACGGCUAGGGAUGUACGCAAAGGAUCACAUUCAUCGGCGGAACGCAUUGACUUUACCCAAAGAUUCAUACUCUUAGUUUUUUCUGUAAAGUCACGUAGGUAAAAAAAUGAAAUUAAUAAAAAAUAAUAAAAAUCACGUUUCGGAGGCAACACUUGAUACAGCAAAUCUGGCUGUGACGGUCCCACCUGAUGACGGAGACUUGUGUUGCCUCCGAAACGUCGUGAUUUUUAUUAUUUUAUUAAUUUCAAUUUCAUGUUUUUACCUACGUGACUUUACCGAAAAAAC